AUGCACUUCACCACUGUCGUCACCCUCCUCUUCGCCGCCUUUGCAGCCGCUGCCCCCCGACCUCUGCACCAUGGGGUCAAGAACACAGUUUUGCCCCCCGGGCUCACCAGUGAGCCGGACUGCGCCAAGAUGGAGGACUACUGCACCAGCUGCGGCGGCGAAGACUUCGAUUGCGAGACGAACCCGAGUUGUGAAUGGUGCUACGAGAAUCACAGGUUCGGCAACUAG